GCUCACUUGUGUGUGUCUCCUCUCCUCUACUGUGGUAUGAUGUUGGCGAGGCAGUGUCUCGUCAACAGGGUGCGGGUCAAUGACAUCGCGGUGGGGAACUGGUCAGACAGCCGCGUGUGGCCCUCGAGCUCCGCCUCGGUCGUAAAGAGGUUGAUGCUGCCGGCGCACACCCACAGGUAGGCAGAAAUGGCGUCACAUUCCUUCAUGCCCUUGAACAUGAUCAAUCGCCGCCGCUCAUUCCUGAUGUAGUCGACGGUCUUGUGGCCGUCGAUGGGACCGGUCAGCAGCGACCGAUACCGCUCAUCGCCCUCGUCCACUGUCGCCUCGAAUACCUCCUUCUCUCCCACCCCCUCUUGGCCAAACCACUCGAACAACACCAUCCACUUCAUGAGGGCCGUGAACGAAGGGAAGAGGUAGUCCUGGCGGCGAAUUGGCGGGUUGUGGGGGUCGUAUGUGUGGCGGUAGGGAUGCUGGGGAGGGAGGCCGGACUUGGGCACGGUCUCGAACUCCCACUCUUCCUCGCCGUCCUCGCCACUCCCGAUGCGAUACCGCUGCCGUGUCACCCCGCCGUCCCGCUCUCCCUCGCCGUCCUCUCCAUCCUCUCCAUCCCCCCUCUCGGCCUCCUUCUUGCCCUCAUCGCCAUCGUCGGCCUCAUCCACCUUUGUGAGCGCCAGACUGGUCCCCUUGUAGUUGAGGAGGUGGCCGAAUGUGCUGCACUGGCGAAGGGCGAGGGGCAUGGUGUGGAAGUCGGCCUUGGUGGGCAGGUGGGCCGCCAUCCACUGGUGCGACAUGAU